UUUAGGUUUAAAAGUUUAACUUUUACGCUUAUUUUCAGGAAAAUUCUCAAAUCUUGUCGGAAGAGAAGUGGACUGACUGAGAUAUCGCACGCAAUCGCCGGAAAACGCAGAAGAAGUGGCAGAGAUAUCACAGGUAGUCGCCGGAAAAACGCAGAAGAAGUGAUUGAGAUAUCACAAGCAGUCGCCGGAAAACGCAGAAUUAAAACAUCUAGCUACAUGUCAUCCUACGAGGAUCCUGUGGAGAUUGACAGUUCUGCUGAAUGUAAUGGAGAUACACCUAGUACCAAUAAAAAUGGACUUCACCUUUAUCCUGUUUCUGCCAAUGAUUCAGGUGAAGGUUUACCAUAUGCCCCUGAAGAUUGGCCGAACCCAGGUGAUAUAUGGGCCUGGAAGGUGGGGAGAAGAAUUGCAUCUGCUGGCUACUUUCUUGAUAGAUAUCUGUAUCUUCCAAACCGUCUUCGUGGAAAGCGAAGUGUUUUCGCAAGUAGGCUUUCAGUUGAACAAUAUGUCAGGUCUGAGUUUCCAAGCACGGAUAUCAAUGAAUUCUUUGCCUCAUUUAGUUGGAAGAUUCCCUCAAAACUAUUAAAAGGUGACUGGUAUGCUGAGGUCAUAUCUUCAGGCAUGAAAUCUGAUUCUUAUUUAGGAACCAGUAGUUGUAAGGCAGGUAACAGCAUGUGUGCGAGUUUAGUAGAAGCAGGGAAUCCUAGUCCAGAGACCAUGAUUUGUGACAUUUGUUGCAGUGAGCCUGGUUUUUGCCGAGAUUGCUGUUGUAUUCUUUGUUGUAAAACUAUUAGUUCUGCUCAUGGUGGGUAUAGUUACAUUAGGUGUGAAGCAACAGUUGGUGAUGGUUACAUUUGUGGACACAUAGCCCAUAUAGACUGUGCUCUACGAGCUUAUAUGGCUGGGACAGUUGGAGGAAGCAUCGGUUUGGAUGCGGAGUAUUUCUGUAGGCGCUGUGAUUCAAGAACUGAAUUAGUCUCACAUGUCAUGAAGCUUCUAAACAUUUGUGGAUCGAUUGAUUCGCGUGAUGACAUCGAGAAGAUUUUGAAUGUUGGCUUUUGCAUUUUACGUGGCUCACGGAAAACAAAUGCGAAACAGUUGCUGCGUCACAUUAAAUCGGCCAUGACAAAGCUUCACAAGGGUGCCUGCAUUGGAGAUGUGUUCAAAGAAGAAGAAUUCAAAGACGCCAAUGGAGGAACACCUCAUCAUGGCACUGUGUCUACAUAUCAUGGAGAGUCAAUUCUUCGCGAAAGAUCUUCACCACCAAAGAUGACUUCAAAUUUUGACCAUCAAGUUGAAUCCCUUAAGCUUGAGGAUGAGAUUGAUCAAAUUCUGCAGGCAUUGAGGAAGUCUCAAAACUUUGAGUACAGACUUGCUGAGGAAAGACUCUUUGUUCAAAAGAACUACAUCAUGAAUCUAUACGAACAGCUCGACAAGGAAAGAUCUGAUCUAUCAAGCCAUACAUCGAUGAUUGAAACAGAUACCUUAGUUGAUGCUGUUCUACAAAGAGUAGACCAAAUAAAGCGAGAAGUAUUGAAACUCAAGGACAUGAAACAGGUACAAAAUGGAUUUGGAAGUACUUCUAAGACGAUACUCAAGGACUACUUUGGUCUAGAAGCAGAAUCUUCUUGAAUCAAAGCUCUGCACAUUGUAUCAACAACGAAGACGUGUUUGGCAGUCUUAUGCCAAAGCUAUGUUCAUUGUAUCUACAACAAAUGCAUGUUUGGCAGGUCUCAUGCCAAAAUUUUGUUCCGAGUGGAGUUUGUUGUUGUAACUGUCGCAUUAAGUCUCGUAUGUGAGCAUUUUCAUGUCGUUGUAACUGUGAAUUAUAUGUGAACAUUUUCAUGAAAUCAGACUUAUCUCGAUUUUUUAGAAGUUGAGUGCAAAAUGAGCUUCUUUAUUUUGAAAAAUAAGUUUUUUUCCCACCCAACUUCUCAUAUGAAAUGGGGAGCAUUACCUGAGUGAUAUAUUAGAGACACAAAUUUUUGUGCUUCGAUUAUUGCAUUAUUUUGCUAUU